AUGCGUUACCUGAUCAUCGACACGGAGGGAGGGUCAGUGCUGAGGUUAUCGCCCCUUCGGAAUGACCGAGACAACGACCAGUCGGUGGUGUGUGAGGCAAGCAAUGACGAUGGGACAGCCACGACACGGGCAAGGCUUACUGUCACUCAAGCUGACAGUCGUCCAGCGGGCUAUCCCGAGAUCACGUCCAGUCCAAGACUUAGUGUGGUGGUGCAGGUAGACCGACCGGCGACCAUCUUAUGUGGAGCCACCGGCAACCCUGAGCCUGAGAUCCUGUGGUUCAAGGAAUUUGUACCCAUCGAAACUAAUGACAGGAUCUCCAUAACGGAUUCGGGCCUUCAGUUUUCCAGAGCCCAGCUGUCUGACCAGGGUCACUAUGAGUGUGCCGCGAAGAACUCCCUGGGAACACGCUACUCUUGGCUUGGUCAAUUCUAUGUCAGAGAUCGUCGAGUGGAGCCUCGCUUUACCAUCCUGCCUGAGAACCAGGAGGUGGUACCCGGAGGCAGUGUCAACCUGACCUGUGCUGCCUACGGCUACCCGAUGCCUAGUGUACGGUGGAUGAAAGCAGGUAUGGACCUGGACGACUUGGACAAUCUCCCCCUCGGGCGCAAUGUCCUGAAGCUAGGGGACAUAUACGAGUCCGCCAACUACACCUGUGUGGCAACGAGCUUGCUGGGGACCAUAGACACCUCGGCUAGAGUCACCGUGAGAACUGUUAGACCGGAGCUCUCUGAAGCUGUCUGUAGCGAAAGCAACCCAUGUCUGAACGGAGGUACCUGUGAGAACUACACUGUAAAAAAAUAA